AUGCCUUGUUUAUUUGCGGUCACUAAUACCUGGCUAGAGUGCGACCUGGCCACUGAAGCAAUGGUACUUAAUUCCGAACGGUGUCUGCGUCGAUUAUCCUCUGAAAAGGAGCUUCGCGCUAAUCUCGAACGGAUGGUUGAACAGCUGGCCCGACAACACCAGGCAUUAGAGAAGCAACUCAACGAAGCCCAGCGUUGUUCGAGGGUUAACGAGAGAGGUGUUGAUGUCCGCAAUCACCAUCAUAAUUACCUUUUCAAUCAUAAACAAAAGCAGAUUGUAGAGAAUAACAGCGCCUUAUUGAGAAGCGGAGGACCGGAGCGCGGAGAUAUGGGCGAGUUUUCCACUGGCUUCGUUGCGACUGGCGCAAACCGUUCGAAGAAUGAUCAAAGUGAUAUGGAGCCUCAUUUAUUCACGCCCAAGGAGCAUUCGAAUUGCAAUACAUUAAAACCUUUAUCCUCACCCAUUCAUCACUCCGAUAUUCCUUCUUCAGCUUCCGAGUGCCAGUUUGACUUUUACUCCCGAAUUGAUGAGUUAAACUCUGCAGCACUUUCUGGAAUUUCUAAAAACCUUCCUGGCACUCAAUCCAUGGCUGUUUCUUAUGCUAAUCGCACUAUCGAGUCCCCUGCACCUAACACUGGGACCAAUAAAGUGGUUGACCUUGAUCAACAAGAUGGUGGUAACGAAGAAGGCGAUGAGGAUGACCUAUUCUACGAUGCCCAAUCGACUUGCUCCACGUUAGUGCGUCAAAAUACUCUGUCUUUCCCCAUCCAAACCGAACCCGUUGCUUUGGGUUCCAGCUUUGGGCAUCCAAUGAAGUCCAAUCUUUACUCUUCAUCUGGUGUUCAGGUUAUCGAAAUUUUGCUUGUAAACUAA